AUGGAAUAUGGACGACAGAGCACACGAUUCAUCUGGUACCUGGACCACAAAGAUGAUGGUGCAAUCGCCAGAAAAAUAGAUAUGGCAUUGUCCCAAGCCCUGGACUCCCAACACAUGGAUGUGCUCGGAGAUGGAGAAGCAGAGCCAAUUUCUUGCAAUGUCAGCAAACUGAAGCUCUUGAAGGAGAUGGUAAUUGGUCAGGGAAAGUCAUGUCAGCCCUAUUCAAGCGUUGCGCAAGAGCCAGGCCAAUGUAUUACCUUGGGGAAAAAUUUCAGCCCUCUUACUAUGCAACAGAGGUAUCACUACACUUUGCCCAAAUUCUUCAACACAAGAUCAGAAGACAGCUGCUUUACAGAAGGGACACCUCUGUUGAAAGCUUCCACUAAAGGAAAUGGGUUAAAGUGCACAGAUGUUUAUAAUACAGAUUUCAUCACAGAUGACAACUCUUGGGAAAACAGCUCUGCCGAAUUUGAGCAAAGGUCUCAGCCAGGAAGUGAAAUGACCAGCUUAUCCAGAUCUGCUUCCUGCUCAGAAAAAGGCGAAAUAUUGGACAAUUUUCAUGUCAAAUUCAAUUUAUCCAAAAUGAGAUGCUGUUUAAAGCUCCUAAAGGUUUCAUGCCUUUUUAUCUUUGUAGUUGUAUGCUCUAUUUUGUUUAGCAUUCAUCCUGAAAACAGAACAUCUUGGCAGAUGCUGGCUAUUUCACCUGUGGACAUUUACACUGUGAACUUUAGCAGUUUUAGUGAUUCCGUCCUUCUAAAGAUAGAACUGGGAGGACCCUUUGUAGCUGAGCGACAACCAAAAGACUAUAUUGUAGUUCAAAUUGGACAAAUAGAAGACUCCAGCCCCAAAAGGAAACGUCAACAGCAAAUCUUAUAUAAUUGGACUCUUCCAUUAAAUCUGAAGAAAAAUGAGCAAGUUAUUAUGACUAGAAUCUUUGAGACAAUGAACAGAAAAGAAACUUCCAUAAGUAUCCAAGCAUUUCUUCAGGAAUCAGAAAUCAUUCCCCUUUCUGUGACACAUCAAUAUCUUCAUGCAAAUGUAGAGGCUCAAGUCACAAUAGCAUCAGUCAUUUUAGCAGGUGUUUAUGUUCUGAUCGUGUUUGAG